GCGAGUAGCAACGCUGGGGGCGAGUCAUCCUACCUCAGUCGUCGAAAGAUAUUUGAGGCGGCUUAUGCAGCCGUCAGUGCCGUCAACGAGGCUCUUCUGCGGUUCACCGAUGGCCCCGCCGCGGCUACUGUUAUCGCCAAUCCAUCCAGCAACAUGAGCACAAGCCUUGCCACGUGA